UAGGCCGAAAAAACAAAAGAAUCCUGGUUUACAUCUUUUCCCAAAGUUAUUAUCAUUGUUUAACUCAUUGUCAUUAUGCAGGUGCCAUGAAUCCCGACCUCGACGCCGUGCUCUUUAGUGAUGGGGGAGCUGGCGCCCAGAAAAGCAAACGCCCGAGGAUAGCAAAGAGGCCCGACCGACAGUCCAAGGUGUCUAAACGUCACGAGACGACUCCCACGGCCCAGAUCACUGCGGACACCUCCAAGGAGCCGACUGCCCAGGUCGAUGGGUCAGGCUCUACUGCAUCCAUCUCGCAGCUUCCCACCGAGACCCGGUUAAUAGUUGCUCGGCCUCCGAAGAAACCUUCUACCUCAACGGUUCAGCUGCCAACGGCCCGAACUCAUACUGAGGAAUAUGUACUUGAUGGUGCCGCUGGGGCAGAAGGGGCGCUUCUCAGCUCGGACGUCCUUUCUCGGGUGGGUCAGAGCUUUUCUGGCUUUGGUGCCGACCACUGGGACCUCGUGCGCAAGGCCUCGGACUGCAAUACUCUUUAUGAGAAGAGUAUCGAACUCUCCGCCGCGGCCCUUGUUGUUUCAGCGCAACUUAACUACAAGCUGACCAACGAGGUGCAAACGAGCUUAUCUCUGGCUCAAAAGUCGAAGGAUCUCGAGCUGAAGAUGAUUGACGAGCUCAAAGACUCGAAGUCUGAAAUUGAAAGAUUGAAGACCCGUCUUGAGGAGCUUGAAAAGUCAAACGCUGAGCUCGAGAAGGCCAAAGCCAAGCUCGAAGAGGAGAAGUCUGCCACCUUCGAUUUCAUGGAGAGCGAGAAGACCCGCCUCCUGAAUGAGUCUAAGGAGCAGAGGGAGAAAGCGGUCGACCAGGCCAUGUACAAACUUUGGGCCAACAAUGACGAUCUUGACACCAGCUUCCUGGGUCCUCUCGAAGCCACAUACGUUGAGCGGUGUAAUGCCCGUCUUUUGGCAAGUACAGCUGCUCGAGAGGUGGCCCAGCAGGAUAGUCAUGCUAUUCGUCCUGGAGGGUCUGGUGAUAUUGAUGCUGAGAAGGCCAAGGAUACUCCUCUUCCUUAAAUCCGAUCUCGGAGAGAUCAGUUAUCGGGGCUACGUCCCCUCAUUCUUGUAACUAUUUAAAUUUGUGCCCACGGGGCUGACUCAAUUUCUUUAACUUUUUCUAU